CCACCACACCUCGAGCUCUUAUCACCAGUGCUCCACUGUUGCGAUAGUAGUAGCUUGUACGGGGUGUCUGGUUCCGGGACCGAUCGCUUUGCUCUGCCUCUCCUUUGCUUGGCUCAGCUCUCCUCUGUUUCUUUCUUGGCAAUGGUGGUCCUCGCGAAGCCGGCGGCGCUGGAGCAGAUCGCGCUGAUGAGGACUCCUGAGCCGUGGGAGAGCUUCUCGGGCGUCCCGGCCGUGGACCUGUCCAGCCCCGGCGCCGCGGCGGACGUGGUGCGCGCGUGCGAGCGGUUCGGGUUCUUCAGCGUCGUGAACCACGGCGUGCCGGCGGGCGUGGUGGACCGGCUGGAGGCGGAGGCCGUCCGGUUCUUCGCGUCUACGCAGGCGGAGAAGGACGCGUCGGGCCCCGCCGACCCGUUCGGAUACGGGAGCAAGCGCAUCGGGCGCAAUGGUGACAUGGGGUGGGUCGAGUACCUGCUCCUCGCCAUCGACCGCGACACCCUCUCCAAGGCCUCCCCGGCGCCGUCGUCCGCGCUGAGGGAAGCGAUCAACGCGUACGUGUCCGCCAUGCGCGGGCUGGCGAGGACGGUGCUGGAGAUGGUGGCGGAGGGGCUGGGCGUGUCGCCGCGGGGCGCGCUGGCGGACAUGGUGACGGGCGAGGCCAGCGACCAGGUGUUCCGGGUGAACCACUACCCGCCCUGCCCGCUGCUGCAGGGGCUGCCGCCCAACUGCAGCGUGACCGGGUUCGGCGAGCACACGGACCCGCAGCUGGUGUCCAUCCUGCACUCCAACGGCACGGCCGGGCUCCAGGUCGCGCUCCACGACGGGCGCUGGGUGUCCGUCCCGCCCAACCGCGACGCCUUCUUCGUCAACGUCGGCGACUCCCUCCAGGUUCUGACGAAUGGGAGGCUGAGGAGUGUGCGGCACCGGGUGGUGGCCGGCAACGGGCUCAAGUCCCGCGUGUCGAUGAUCUACUUCGCCGGGCCACCGCUGGCGCAGAGGAUUGCACCGCUGCAGCAGCUGCUGGCGGGGACGCAGAGCUUGCCCCUCUACAGGGACUUCACAUGGGGAGAAUACAAGAAGGCGGCCUACCGCUCUCGCCUCGGCGACAACCGCCUGGCCCCCUUCGAGACGCCACUUGUCGCCAUGCCACACGCCGCCCACCACCGGUCCUAGCCAGCCAGCAACUUAAUUACAUCGCCUAGCUCGACAUACCUUGGUAGCUUUCGUACGUGUCGGCGUACGUACACAACGGGAGCUACUGAUUGCUACAUGCCGGCCUCCGUAGGCCAAUGGCCCAGGGGUGACCUGGCCGGACGUAAAGCUACGUACCUAAGCUAGGACCAGGAGCGUGUCUCUGUGUCCUGUCCAUGCCGGGACGAACCUCGAUCUUGCCGUUGCCGAUCAGUUUGGUCAAAUGUACAUUAGUAGUACCGGUAGUGGCACUAGGGAAGGGAUCCAUCCAUCCACCUUGUGUUGGCCGCGAAUGGUUUGUUGACAUGCGGUGAAAGUUUGAUGUGUGUCGGACCCUUUCCAACAGGUGUGGUUACUAAUGGCCCUUCCUAUAUAUGGCGCAGUAGUGCUCUUAUGCUUGUCCUUGUCCUUGUCCUUUGCUGUGCUCUGCUUCCUGUCUCGCUUUGCUUUUGUUGCUUCCACUUAUAGCUAUGCCUGUUCCUCGGUGAUUGGCCGUAUGAUUCUUUUGUAA